CACAAACGUCAAUAUAAUGUUUCUAUUAAGACAACAAAAAUUAUUCAUUCCACAAAAAUUGCAUAUUUUUGCUAGAAGUCUUAAAAGAUGGUAUCCAGAUGAAGAAUAUAUCAAACAAUUCGAUGGGCCAGUUAUGUAUCCUGAUGAGAUAACUAAAAAUUGGGUUAUCCAACCAUAUAACGCCAAAAAAGCACCCGAAGAAAAAACUAUUAAGAACAUGGUGAUUAAUUUUGGACCCGCUCAUCCAGCUGCUCAUGGUUGUUUAAGAAUGAUAUUAACUUUGGACGGUGAGAUAGUUAGAAAAUUAGACCCCCAUAUAGGGCUACUCCACAGAGGAACGGAAAAAUUAAUGGAGUACAAAACUUACACUCAGGCUUUACCCUACUUAGACCGAUUGGAUUAUCUGUCACCUCUUGUUAAUGAACUUCCAUUUUGUUUGGCAACAGAAAAAUUAUUGGGAUUGAAAGUGCCGAAAAGAGCCCAAUAUAUAAGAACUAUGUAUUCUGAACUAACCAGAAUAAGCAAUCAUAUGGCUGCUACUGCUUUUCUCGCUCUUGACGUUGGUGCUAUCACACCCUUGUUUUGGUUUUUCGAAGAACGAGAAAAAAUAUAUGAGCUCUGUGAAAGAGCAUGCGGUUCGAGAAUGCACGCUUGCUAUUUCAGAGUUGGUGGAGUCAGCCAGGAUUUGCCACUUGGAUUGAUGGAUGACAUUUAUGAAAUUGUAAAGAAAAUCCCAGAAAGGGUUGAUGAAGUGGAAGAUGUCGUUACAAAAAAUCGUCUGUUUGUACAAAGAACUAAAGGUAUUGGAGUUGUAAAGGCCCACGAAGCACUAAAUAGGGCAUUUUCUGGUCCUAUGUUAAGAGCAUCUGGCAUUAAAUGGGAUAUGAGAAAAACUCAACCGUACGAAGUAUAUAGUGAGUUGGAUUUUAAUGUACCUGUUGGUAAAAACGGGGAUAUCUAUGAUAGAUAUUUAGUAAGAUGUGCAGAAAUUAGAGAAUCUUGUAACAUGAUAAUUCAAUGCCUAAAUAAAAUGCCUGAAGGGGAAAUUAAGACGGAUGAUCACAAAAUAACUCCACCGACAAGGUCUGAAAUGAAGACUUCAAUGGAAGCUCUAAUUCAUCAUUUUAAAUUAUUCAGUCAAGGAUUCCAAGUACCCCCGGAGCAACAUAUACUGUCGUUGAACAUCCAAAAGGUGAAUUUGGUGUUUAUUUAGUUUCUGAUGGUACAUCUCUAGUUUAUAGAUGCAAACUUCGUUCACCUAGCUUUAUCCAUUUAUCCGGAAUGGAUUAUAUGGGUAAAAACCAUUUAUUGGCAGACGUCGUAGCUAUUUUAGCUACCUUGGACGUUGUUUUUGGUGAUAUAGAUAGAUGAAACAAAUAUAACUAGUAAAAUAAUACUUCAAAUGUAUCAAGGUAUUGUUGUAUAAUGUUUU